UUUGGGCGGAGCUCAUAACCUUUGGGCUCGGUGAUCGGGCUGUAACCGAGGCCCAGGCUCUAUUCCGGCGUUAACGAUGGAUUGUGCUCCCGCGGCGGCCCUGGAAGCGCUGGAGAGCGGCGACAAGGAAGAGAUAGAGCGGGUGCUGCAGGAAUAUAAUCGGCAGAACAGUCGAACUUUCACAUUUGAUCAAAAUGAGGAAGAAGAGAGAAAGAAAAUAUGUGAUGAAAUAUUGAAAGUGCUGCAGAAAGACCUGGGACCAUCUUGCCAAGCCACCUGUUUAGAAACAAUCCGUAUACUCUCCAGGGACAAGAAAGCUUUGACUCCUUUGACAACCAGACCAGCAAUGCUUGCCCUAAUGAGGUUGGCAGGAUUGGAGUACACACAAAGCUCAGCACAGGAGAUGCUCAAUUUUAGUGUUAUAACUGAAGCUUUAAAAUGCCUGUGCAAUAUUGUAUUCAAUAGUGAAAAGGCGCAGCAACUUAGUGUGGACUUCAAGCUUGUCAGUCGAGCCUGUGAGCGCUUAAAGGCGCACAGAGACAAAAAUGUGCCUCGUGAAAUUAAGUUCUUUGACCUGCGCCUUCUUUUCCUGUUGUCUGCAUUGCGAAUGGAUGCCAGGGUUCAGCUAAAGGAAGAACAGGGGCUACUGUUGCUUACUGAUAUUCUAGAGAACACACUGGAUAUCAAGUGGUCAGAUAAAUAUGUGGUGGCUACAGACUGCAAGGGUCCUGUCUUGUCUAAUGAGCAGGCAGAUUUAUCCAUGGAGGUUCUGAAAGCUCUCUUUAAUGUUACUUAUGACUGCAGUCAGCAGCAAAUUGAUGAAGAUCGUGCCCAUCAGAACAGACACCUCGCUGCUAUUCUGUGUCACUGUUUGCUGCUGAAGACUCAGUCUGAAGACAAAACUGAAGAAUUUCACAGCCACACAGUCAAUCUUUUGAACAACAUUCCAGCAUCAAGCCUUGAUCUCCUCUUCAGCCCCAGCAUCAAGUGUGGAACAGUCAAAUACAACGGGAAGAUGAUGGAUGCAGUUGAGGUUUUGCUGAGUUUCAUGGAAAAUCGAAUAGACAAAGGGUCCAAUUUAAAGGAAGGAUUGACACCAGUUUUGAGUGUUCUUACAGAAUGUUGCAGGGUGCACAGAGAUAUGAGAAAAUAUAUCCGUUCACGGGUCCUACCUCCUUUGAAAGAUGUAAAGAAUCGUCCGGAAAUUGGCACCACUCUUCGAAAUAAGCUGGUUCGCCUCAUGACCCACAUUGACACUGGAGUGAAACACACUUCAGCAGAGUUCCUGUUUGUACUGUGCAAAGAGAGUGUUGAUUGCUUAUUAAAGUACACUGGCUAUGGUAAUGCUGCGGGACUACUUGCUGCACACGGGCUACUGGCUGGAGGGAGAGGCGAUGGUCAGUAUUCUGAAGAUGAGGACACUGAUACCGAAGAGUACAAAAGUGUCAAAUCUUUUAUUAACCCCAUCACUGGUCAUGUGGAAGAUCCGAUGCCCAAUCCAAUGGAUGGAAUGACAGAGGAACAGAAAGAGUAUGAAGCGAUGAAACUCGUCAAUAUGUUUGACAAGCUGUCCAGGGAGCAGAUAAUCAAACCGAUGAGGGUUAAACCAGAUGGGACGAUGGGUCCAUUGGAGGAAGCAGCAAAUGAAUACACCAGUGAUCAUGAUUCCACUUCAGGUUCUGAUGAAAACAUCUAGCAGUGCAAUUGAAAUCCCUUUACCAAACUCAGCCUACUAUUUUCACAGUAUAUUUGUCGGAUGGAGAAAAAAAUGGUUUGCAACAUGAAAUGCAUUAAAUGCAUUGGGUGUCUGUAAUGGUGUCUGAUAGCUGUCCAGAAAGGCGGCCUUUACCAGCAGAGAAGAGGUUUUCUAUUUUAUUUCUUCCACACUAUAUUUAUACCAUCAUUUGUAAAGCCAGAGAAUGCUCAGUUUUCUAAUAUUGUCCAGUUCUGUAACUGACAGCAUGAGCACACUACCCAGGAAGUCUGUUAUUUCCCAGACCUGUAUUGGAGUUGGAAUAAAAGGAGAAAUGCUGUUCAGGAUCAAUCUCUGCUGGAAAGCACAAUGAGCAGACCAAUAAUCAGUGUGUCAAAUCAGUUGAUUUGAGAGUAUGUGAAGUGGCCGUUCCAGAAAUAGUUCUAUGUGAGAUCUAUAGAAUCAUGCUUUUACUUUAUAAAUCAAAAUUAUUUAGCAUAUUGAAAUUAUUUCCAAAAAACUCUGCCAAAGUUUAAGGAUUUGCACUUAUACAUUGUCUUUCAGAGUAUUUCAAAUCAUGUCACAACCAGUUUAUUACUACUUAAGUUUAGUCACUGCUGUUUUUAGGUAAAUACAGUAGCGAUUUUGUACACUGCAAGGUCCAACAAUGAAUAUGAAUGACCAGUUAAUCUGUUGUUGGUGCUGUUAUUGAAGGAUGAAUGUAAGCGAGAGCAUUAGGCUAAUACUCUAUUCUUUCAAACAUUUUAGCUGUGUUCCCUUUUUGAAAAAAAAUGGAAAAUAAAUACAGGAUUCAAAAUUGGUGGCAGGUAGUAUGAUCUGGUUUAAUAUUAAUUAGAAAAAACUUCUAGGAAGAGCAAUAGAGCAAUCCAGUACAAAGUUGAGAGUACAUCUGCUUAUGACCAAGCUUAUGGCUUUCCCCACACUGAUGCAAUCCAGAUUUAAUGCUGCUUUUGAUAAGAAAGGAAUGUAAUUUAAAUAAAUAAAUUUGGAUUUUGCUAAAAAGAGACAUAUGCAAGAAUACCAAAUUUCAAACAAUCUAAUAAUUUAUACUGCAUGAGAAUGCAGUCAAAAAUUUCAGUAAAGUGUCUUUUUUCAGCAAUAUUAAAGUUCUGUACUACCAAGCAGCAAACUUUUUUUAAAAACUGAAUACUAAACGUGUCUGAAUUUGUAGGCUUGAGAAAUAGACCAUAUUCUGUCAAAUGUGCAUCUAGUAGCAAUUAUUGCCUGUAUUCAUGAUAAGUAUAUGUUGUUAUAUUAGGUAAGCUGUCAUUACCUUUUAAGAGCUUGAAUUGGAGAUGGAUUUGAGCUAGGUUAUUUAUAAAUGUUGCAAUUGUUUUUUAUGGAAAACAAAAUUAGCCUAGUUUUCAAUGUUUUAAAGAUGGGUAGACAAAUCUCUUCAUUUGUGAUUCUGCAAAAAGAACAAUGUGUAACUGAAAGGAAGAGAAAUGGCUUCUUUGACAUGGCUGUUGGAUGAAAGAUUGCCUCUGAGUGUUAAGUUUUCUUUGCAAUAUUCUGCUGAUCAGACUUGAUGUGGUACAUAAGGGGGCCAGUCAUGCGAUCUUAUCAGCAUUGGGUCUCUGAGCAUGAUGAUUCUAUAGCAGCCAUUGCAGUUUACGUUGUGUUUUGGACACGAUUGGUUUUAGAUCAUUCUUUCAACGAGGUGUUUCUAUGAGCAGAAACUGACUGCCAAGUAAGUAUCACAUAUUCAACUUUUAUCACAAGCACUUAUAUCCAUCACUAUCCAAAGUUGAGCUUGGAUGAUAGUGGGAAUUGUUAGAAAACAUGAAUCUGUGAAGAUGUCAAUCGUUUUAUUGUUUUUGAUGAUUAGAAAUGGGAUUUGAAAGUCAGACUUCAUUCAGUAAUUUGUAUCUUUGCAUGCUAUCAUAUAAACCAAUAUUGAUCAUGAAAAUAUUGAUGAGCUCCACACUGUCUCAGCUCUAGCUAGAUUGGGACUCAGUGUGGUGAGCUAAAUGGCAGCCAUCUAUAUAUGCCACAUUUAAUCAUUGCAUUGAAUCCCUUAAAAUGAAAAUCAUGGUCUUGUAUGAUGUACAAUUUCUUAUUAGUGUAUGCGUCAAGAGAAAUCAACAUUUAUUCUGUUUUACACAACUGAAUUGCUAAAUGUCAUAGCAUUUUACAGCACAGAGAAAGGCCCUUUGGUUCACUGUGUCCUUCCAAUCAUCAAGUGUCUAUCUAAUCCCAUUUUCUGGCAGUUGGCCCGUAGACUUUAAGUUCUGGGGUUAAGUGUUUAUGUAAAUACUAUUUAAACAUCUUGAGGGUUCCUGUCUCAACCACUCAAACAGCGAGCUCCAGAUACCCAUAAUCCUCUGGGUGAAGAGUUCCUUCUCCUCUGAUCUCUGUCAUAGCUCCCCCACUCCUUACCAUAAAACCUGCUUACUGGCCCCUCUAUCUCCCUACCAAUGUCCCUUAUAAGCUCGUAUACCUCAACCAGGACCCCUAUCAACCUUCUCUCCUGUAAGAAAUGCAGGCCUAGCCUGUCUGGUCUCUCUUCAUAGCUGAAAUCAAUCCAGCCCCAACUACAUUCAAGACUAGAUGAACGGUGUGCACUGCAAAAUAGCAAGGGACCCAGGACUGAGCCCUGUGGUACUCCACUCGACAUAAGCUUCCAGUCACAAAAAUAUCAGGCAAUCAUUACUCUCUACGUCUUGACAUGAAGCCAAUUUUGGAUCCCAAUUGCCCUUAAGCUUUUGAACUCGUGGCUUCUUAACUCUUCUGUCAUGCAAGAUGUCGUCAAAGCAAUGCAGACGACAUCAACUGCACUACCCUCAUCUGUACAUCUAGGCAUCUCAAAAUACAAUCAAUUUGUGAGACAUCAUCUGCCCAUAACAAACCCAUGCUCACAAUCCUUGAUUAAUCAAUCCUUGAGAUUAAUUCUGCCCCUCAGAAUUUUUCAAUCCCAUCUGGUUCCAAACUCAUCUUUAUCAGUAAUGUUCUUGAGGGAAGGAAAUCUGUCAUUCUUGCCUGGUCUGGCCUACAUGUGACUCCAGAUACACAGCAGUGUGGGUGAGUCUUAACAGUUAGGGAUGGGCAAUAAAUGCUGGCCUAGCCAGUGUUGCCCUCACCUUGUGAAUUAAUUUCUUUUAUAAUCACAGCUGUUAAGACUCACCGGCCAGUAGUCACCUGCAAUUUACAGUCUUGAGGUCUCCACAUUAAAUUCAAUAACUUCAGAAACUGACCACAUUAUCUCUCAUUAAUUUCUUACAUUUUUCAAAUUCUAAAGUUAUACCAGACUUGAAAUGUUAACUGUUUCUCUCUCUCUCUCCAUGAAUGCUGCCAGACUUACUAAGUUUCUCCAGCAUCUGCAGUAUUUUGUCUGUAUUAUUGGCCUGUAGUUUCCUGGUUUAUCCCUACCACCCUUUUGAUUGACAGUACGAUAUUAGCUGUCCUCCAGUCCACUGGCACCCAUCAUGUUGCCAGUGAGGAUUUGAAAACUCUGAGCACUAUAAUCUUUUCCCUUGCCUCCAAAUGAGCCUCAGAUAUAUCUUAUCUGGGCCUGGGGAUUUGUUCAUUUUAAACCCAACAAUUUCCUCCUCCUCAUGCUAGUUGGUUUAAAUAUAUUUGUUCACCCUCUGCCUUUGAUUUCUAUACCUACAUUGUACUUCUCUAUAGUGAAUAUACAUGCAAAGUUCUCAUUUAAAACCUGAGCUAUAUCUUCUGGUUUCACAAGUACUGUUUAUCCAGAUUAUCAUAAUGUGAUCAAAGGAUGCAAAAUUUGUAAAGUAAUUUUAUUAAGUUUUAAAGUAGAUUCACGAA